ACCACAACGUCCCUACCGUCCAAGUCGCUGGGACAGACACCGCCCGCGGUCAUUCCCUCACAGAAGGCGAAGGCGAAAGAGCCGUCGCCGAACUCGCUCUCCCCCGACGCGAAGUCGCCGCAAGUAGCAGCCCGCCCGCCCGCUCCGAAGGCCGAUGGGCGCCCACCAUCAAGCCGACCAAAGCUGCCAUUACAGUGUCACCCGGCACUGCAGCGGCUCCGCGCACUGCUCAAGGGGUUCACAACCCAACCCAUACGGAUAGGCGUGCGGAACAAGGGCUGCGCAGGGCUCUCGUACCAUCUCGAGUACGUCGACAAGCCGGGCAAGUUCGACGAGGUCGUCGAGCAGGACGGCGUGAAGGCCCUCAUCGACAGCAAAGCGCUCUUCUCUAUCAUCGGCAGCGAGAUGGACUGGCACGACGCGAAAUUUGCGUUCAAGAACCCGAACAUCAAGGACGCGUGCGGGUGCGGAGAGUCGUUCGGCGUCGGCUCGUGA